CCCAAUUCCAUGAUCUCAAGCAUCAAGUCUUGAAGCCCACCUUCACAAUGUCCGGAUCUGUCCCCCUCCAAGUCGCCGAAACCGUCCAAACAGCACACCUGAACCGCUCUCCGUCUCCGCAGCACGACAUCAACCCUUCCACGGCCGCCUCACACAAGGAGCCCGUACAUCUCGAGCCUGCCUACCCCGACGAUGGCAACAUCGACGAGGACCACCUAAUCGUUGGGGAGGACGGGACCGAGGAUGAGGAGGAGGAGGAGGAGGAGGAGGAGGAGAGCUCGGCGCACUACCGGUCCUCACGCGUCACGCCGCGCCCGCGCCGGCACCACCUCCCCCCAAUGCCCGACCUGCGCUUUGAGCAAAGCUACCUGUGGAGCAUACGCAACGCGGACACGUGGUGGAAGAUUGGGUGGAUUACGAUCAGGGACCAGGUCAUGAUGCCCUUUCUCCAAGGCAUUCUUUACAACCUCGGGAUUUGUGGGUGGCAGUACUGGAACAGGAAUGCGCGGAUACACGGAUCGACACUCGGGGCUCGAUUGAGGAGGUGGUGGUAUGGGGUGAAUAACUGGCAAAUACCGCCCGAGAAUCCUGCAUGGCGGAGGAGAUACAAAUAAGGGAGGGCGGAGGCCGAACAGCAGCUCGUCGAUGAUAUUAAGCUGGAAUCACUAUGGGCCAAAGUUCCGGCUGUAUGUACAGUAAUCUAGGUCUCUGCAAUGCAUCUGCCGAGUGAAUAUCUAUCUGUAUUACGGGUUCAGGGUUUGAGAACAUACGGCUGCGAUGACUCCCCGCUCUUC